CUCACACCUCCGCACCAUUCCGACCCUGACGAGACGCAGAGCCUCGAGCGCGACAUGGACCUGCACAGAAUGCCCAAGCAAGCGGAUUAUACCUUUGACAACAUGGAGGGCAAGCAUGGGGACGCACUGCAGUGCCACGAGGAAUACUUAGACAGCGGCUUGGACUCCCUGAAGGAGGACGAGCUGCUGACCAGCUUCGAGGAGAUGACGGUCAGCGCGCCCACGGAGGAGUACGAGCCGUGGCGCAACGCGAUCACGGACGAGGGAGACACGCUUCUCCACUUGGCCGUCAUUCAUGAAUCCACUGAGCAUGUUCUCCAGAUGAUCAAGCUUUCCCACAACCACCCUUUCCUCAAUGUGCAGAACCACCAAAGACAGACUGCCCUCCACCUGGCGGUGAUCACCGAGCAGCCCCAGCUGGUGGACCGGCUCCUGAAGGCCGGCGCCGACCCCGUCCUGGUCGACAACCGAGGCAACACGGCCCUCCACAUCGCCUGCAAAAAGGGCUCCCUCGCCUGCUUUGGUGUCAUCACCCAGAACUGCCAGCGCUACCUGGCCUCCAUCGCCUCCUUCCCCAACUACAGCGGACACAACUGUCUCCACCUAGCGUCCAUCAAUGGUUACGUCUCUUUGGUGGAAAGCCUCGUCCAGUUGGGUGCAGACAUUAAUGCACAGGAACCUUGCAGUGGAAGGACCGCCCUCCACCUGGCGGUUGAUCUGCAGAACCCCACCAUGGUCCGCUGUCUCCUCGACCUGGGCGCCAACGUCAACUGCUUAAACUACGGCGGGUUCACGGCGUACCACCUGACCUACGGCCGGCAGAACGAGCAGAUCCGCAACCAGCUUUACGAGAAGACGGCGCAUGAGCUGAGGGAGCUGCCCGACAGCGACUCCGACAGCGACAUGGAGGACCUGGAGCUCCUCGAGGUUGAUAUCUACGAUGACAUCAAGUUUGGAAAGUGAAAAAAAAAAAAGCAGGACUCUACUGGCGGUGUGAACACCCAGUUUCAUUGGCUAUCGGGAUGGCCGAGCCUCGGCUCCCAGGUGGGGACAGAAGAACGCCCCAAACCACCCCGUCCAAGGUUUGGGCCCGCGAGGGCUGGCCCUUAGACCGCAAGCAAGAACGAAGAUGGGCGUCCAGUCUGGUCACGUUGGACCAAAAUUACCUAAAAAGACCAAAACCUCGGUCUUCCUCUGUACAAAUACAGAACUGUAUAAAGUCACUUGUAAUAUAUUGUAAAUACAGAGAUAUUAUUUUUGUACUUGCUGUGAAUUCGAAGACUCAAAUGUGUCUGGAAUAAAAAAUAACUUUAUUCAUAUGAA